AUGCCCGAACCACCUACCAAAGAUUUAGUGGAAAUUCUAACUAAAGCGAAUAAUUUGAGAACGGAAGUUGAAAUCCGACAUGUCGCUACAUGGUUCAAUCAUAAUGUUAGAGCCUUCAAAGAUGUAUCUAUAGAUAUACUUAUGAAGUUGGUGGCUGAAUGUGAAGCAGAAUUUAGAUAUCCAAAUGAUGUUAUAAUUCGAGAAGGUGACAUUGGUGACUGUAUGUAUGUACUACUGUGGGGACGUGUAUCUGUUCACUAUAAUGGCGAUCAAAGUUUGUCAAUAACUGAAAACAAGUCAAAAGAAAUUCAAAACUUGCCAAAAGUUGAAGAGAGUCAGUUGACAGUAGCUGAACAAAAAUCUUCAGAAAUUAUUGAAACUCUUGGCCCACAAGUUGGCCAAUUAGAAUCUGGUUCAGUAUUUGGUGAAGUUGCAUUAAUUGAAGAUUGUCUACGAACUGCAAGUAUUGUAGCCUUGCCAAAUUCUCUUAUACCUCAAGAAGAUACAGAUUUGAACUUUAAAGAUGAAGACUUUAGCAAGAUAAGAUCAUUCAAACAUCAAUCUGUUUGUAUAGUAAAUAUUUCAAGAAGGCUGUACAAUAAUACUGUACGCGUAGCUAUUGAACAAGAAUUUCGUGAACGUCUAAAAUUUGUGGACAAUAUCACAUACUUUCAACACUUAUCUGAUAAAGGACGGAAACAAAUCGCUAUGGGAUUAGAAAGACAAAAAUAUGAAUAUGAUCAAAAAGUAAUAAAACAAGGAAGUCCAUUCAAUGGUUUAUACUUUAUUCAAAGGGGUGAACUUCGCAUAACACUUACUACAAAAUCAACGCAACGAACAGUCACAAGUCAAAAUUCUUCCGAUUCGGGAACAUUUAGUCUACCAUUCAUAGUCGGAUGUAAUCCAUGUGCACCGGAGAAAACAGGAUCUAUUUGCGCUGGUGAUUUGGAAUUCUUAUUAAAACACCCAAAAUAUAUGUUUUCUGUCAUAUCGAAUACAUCUUCAACAAUAAUAUACUUUAUGAAUAUAAAAAAUGCAGAAAGAUAUAUCUUUGGCUUGUAUUCGAAACGAAACCAUAGACAAUCACAAACUGUCCUCCUAACACUCUGUGAAUUUUCCCGCUUAGUUCAAUUGCGGUUGUCUACUCUUAUUAAGUAUGUACCUGUUAGCCUUCAAGGCGUUUUACUUAAUUCAGCAAGUCAGCUACUGAAUGAUGAACGACGCAGACUAAAACUUUUACACAUUAGAAAAAUGGUAACUCCUGUGGACAUUAGAACUUCCAAGAAAGUGAAAUGCUCUAAAUGUAAAGAUGCAAUGAAUAGCACUGAAAAUGAACAUAUAAAUAAGCUAUUUGGCAUACAUGAUCAAAAACUAAUGUCUAAAAAGAAAAUUAAUCAAAAAGGAAUUGAUUUUUCUAACGAUAGUCAGAGAACAUGUGAAUCACCAAGUGAUCAGCAAAAUAUCUCUCAAAAGUCAGAUCAAAAUACAUCUCUUUCCUAUGAAAUUAUCACAGACCCAGAAUCCAGUCUACCAGCUAUAAUUUCUAAUCAAAAUGAAUUGAGAAGUAUUAUUCAAUCCAGUUUACCAUUUCGCUAUCGAAAUAAUGCUGCAAGACUACUCCAGAGAAUAAAUGAUCAAAAAUUACAAAGUAAAGUUCAGUGUUUCAUUGAAAAUUUGAACGAAUUCAAUGCAAAACAAAUAAAUGAAAGCAUUUCACGUUUAAAUUAUUAUGCACAAACUUCUGACAAGGUCCUUCUCGAUCCAGAAACAUCAUCAAUGGGAAACUAUAGUCGAAAACAUGCUCCAUCAUUUAUUGGCAUAGCGUUUCUCAUUGCAGCAUGCGAACGUGCAGUUCGUUGUAUGGCCUCGUGUAAUACAAAUGGACUUCUGAAGUACUAUGCAGAUGUCAUUCUAAAUGGGGAUAAUCUUAUUUCAUUUACCCAACCCCACAAUAUUUCUGAUAACAACGAUAAUACUGGAAGAAAAAAUAAUCAUAUAAUGGCUCCACGGACAGACCCUUAUUCUGUUUCGAUGCCCUUACAAAUAAAUGGUACCUCCGAUACUGAUAAAAGGAGUAAUAAAGUGGAGGAUGAGUCUGAGCAAUCUGUUAGCAUUCAACAGAUUCCAGAUAGUAGAUUAUCUAAUUGUUUUGUUGCUGAUAACGAAGCGUCAAGCCAAAACUCCCAGAUCGGUCAGACAUCAACAAAGGUGAGAAGUCAGUCUACAUUCAACAAACUUACAAAUUAUGAAAAAACUCUUCAAAAUCAUUCUUCACUUGCACAACGUUUGAGUACUUGUUCGCAACGUCUACUUCGUAUUCGCACUAGAGCGCUCAGCUUGUUAACACGCCUAUUAGCCUCCGAUUCUCCAGAGUCGCAACAUGAAUUGCUACCCAUUUCUUCUGUGGUUGGCAGUAUGUUACCGGAUUUGGCAUAUGAAGAUACAGAGAGUAGUACCGAUGAUGAGGUCGAAAUGGAUACAGCUUUUUCCAGUUCCAAACAGUCGUGGUUGUACACCCGUUCUGUGACACACUCGAACUGGCACUGGUUGUGUACAGAGAUAAAACGUGCUGAGAGAUGCUUACAAAAACUUGUCAUGUUAAAAUACAACUCGUACAAUCUGGAGAAAGAAUCUGAAAGUAAUAGUAGUAGUAUCACCAAAACUGAUGCAGAGGAAGUGACUUGUUCGCGUGUAUCUUCAUUUGAAAAGAAGAAGCAACAUCACUAUCACAACCUCUCAUCACAUAAAUGCGCUUGUGUGAUUCAAGCGAUGCGUAAAAGCUCUGCUGGUGAUCCUCACAUUAAGUGUUCUUGUAUUCCGCCGUUUGUUGGGCCAUGCAUCUUAUGCUGCGGCUCUGAACCCGAUUCCCAGCUAGCAGAAAUGUCAGAUAAAUCGAAUGACCUUGACUUACUUAUGUCAGCUCACUCAUUGUGUACCCAUAUUCAUCCCAAAUUGUCUAUACCAGGAGAUGUCCAGUUAGCUCUUCGUUUGGAAUCUCGUCUCGCUGCAUAUUCUUCAGUUCAUUUCCGACCUCAUAAAGCUACUGUUCGUUCUAUACAACCUUGGGAAAAACCAAAUUGUUUACAGCCAUUAAAUUUUACCAAUUCUAACCCAACUGUUUCGUCCCGAUUUGAACUCAGUCAAUCGACAGAGACACCAUCAAAAUGCCAAUCAUCACGUCCCAAGAAUUCUCGUUUACGCAAGCGCAAAUUGGUCUCGUCAAAAAGCUCAAAAGUUUGCUCUUCGCGCGUGAAUUCAACCAAAUUACUUCGUACACCUGCGAGAUAUGUACAGAGUGCUGAUGAUGAAGGUGAAAGUCAGUAA